AUGGCUUCAAUUUACGUAUAUGCAUCCACCGAUAUGGACAAAGUGUUGCUCAAAUAUACAGAAUACAACGAACCCCAUGAAAGUCGUACAAAUUCGGACAUAAUGGAGGCCCUUCAACGAAAGGAGUCAAAACAUGGUGGUGGUGGCGAUUCGGAUGACGACAGUCCUGGUCCUUCAACUCCUAUGAACGGUCAUGCUUCAUUGAAUGUUAACGAUCAACAGCCACCUACAGUUGCACCCCAACCGCCUGCUGCCGCCAUUCAUCCGCUCUACACCAAUCUCUUCCUUCAUCCACAAUAUCGCCCACGCCCUGAACCCACUAAACAGCACAUCGAAUUUCCCACUACCAGUUCAUUUCCAUACGAUUCAUCAAAUACACCAUCACUACAGCAACAUCCGUUAGCGGCUGCCGAUGCCGAUUGUGAACUCGUAGCACCACGGUCUACAGCUGAUCAGCCGUUAUGGGCUGCUGCACUACAGCACAAGCCACCGCCUCAACAACAACAACAGCAGCAACAACAACAACAGCAGCAGCAACAACAACAACAACAGCAAUCCCCGUAUGUUAAAUUAGAACCUCAUAGUCCACCGGAAAAACGGCAACGUUUAGCUACCGCCGCUGCCGAUUGGCGACCACAGCAACUGACCUGA